AUUUAUUAAUAUUCGUUAAAGUAGAAAAGAAAGAUAGGAAACUGUGGAAAAUAAAUAAAUUUAUCGUCAAAAAUGUUAUUAAUAUCAUGACAAAUGAGAUAAAUUUGCGUACAAACAAAAGUGAAUAUAAUGCAGGAGAUGAUAUUUAUGGGGUAGUUUAUUUGAGAAUAAACACUCCUACAAGAGGCAGAGGUGUAAGAAUUAGAUUUAAAGGAUAUGAAAAAUUUAAUUAUGAAGGCAAGAGAAAUAUAGAGAAUGAACCCCCAGUUUGUUAUAGUGACCACAGGGAUUAUGUCAGCUUGGAUGAAAUCCUUCAUCAAUCUGAUGGACCACUGAGUAUGUGUAUAACAUACUACCCAUUCAAGAUCAAACUGCCAAUGGAAAUACCUGGUACAUUCCAUGCUCGUCAUGAAUCAGAAGAGUUGAGAUGGGACGCUAGAGUUGAAUAUAUUCUCGAAGCUGAAGUCAUAGAUGCCAGUAAAGCUUUAGCGACCAAUCAGAAAGUUUCUGUGAGGCAGUCAUUACAAAGAGAAUUAAAAGCUAAGGAUGCUCCUGCUGCAAUAUUAGCUAAGUACGAGGACUCCAGUUUCUUUGGCUUGUUUACAUCUGCCAUAGACGUCACUGCCAGGCUUCAUGAUCAUAUUCAUAGAACGGGAGAAAAUGCCAGAUUACGAGUUAUUAUAACAAAUAACUCUAAUGUCAUCGUACAAUCCAUUAAGUUACAGUUAAGACGGUCGAUUUAUCUCACAUGCCCUCAGAUGACAUUAGGUGUUCAAGUACAAGAAAAUGUUGGACAUGAACAGUCAAUUGACAUGGUCAGAUUUCCCAAAGGUUUGAAAAAUGCAAUACCAUAA